ACCGUGUGUUAUUAUUGAUUAUCUCAAAGAUACGAUACAUAUGAACCUAAUAUAUAUAGGUUAGAUAAAUACAAUUAGGUACCCUCUAAUUUAAGUAAAAUACAAUGCAACACAUAAACUUAGUCUACCACAACCGGUGGAACAUGAAUCAAGGUCGCAAUUGCAUCACUUCAGUUGCAGAACACAGUCCACCGCCUGAAUUUCUUCCCAAACUUCUUUCACCUUCUUCAGAGAUCUCAAAUACAGGUCGUCAGACUUUGUACCGCUUCUUCAUACCAUCUGCACAAAAUCGAUUCAUAGUUCUUAUGGAAAAAAAAACCCUUGGUAUUGAAGUUAGGAGUAGAAAUAGACACCUUUGUGCUGGCAAUCAUGUGUUAGAGUACCUGCAACCAUCGUGGGAGAGGUCGGUAUGUGCUAGGGUUCAAUUUAGGGGAUUAUGUUUGUUUCUUCACAAAGAACCCAAUAACAACACCACCGAUACUACUAUUGGAAUCGUCGACGUUCGAUUGCAGUUCGUUUCCUCUAUGAUUUCCACAUACACUAAAGCAGCUACCUUCCGGUCACCAUCCCAGCCAGAAUUAAUUGACAACAGUAUACAUCUAUUAAAGCUUGGAAAUAAGUGA